AUGUUGAAAAAAGUGAAUUUGCAGUAUGACCACACGCAGUUCCCCGGAAUCGUGCCGCGCACCUUCCUCGGCCCUCUAUUCCUCGCCGCCCUCUCCUCACCGAUGUCGUUCAUUUUCCGCUUCUGGGCCAUUCCCAAAAUGUGGCAACUCCUACUCAGUAAGAAGCCUUUCCGUACCCCCAAGAUCCCAGAACUUUCAGUCCGUGCAACUCUGGGCCUAAUGAACACGAUGGCCUUCCUCUACUUUGCGCGCUCAGUCAGUCGGCGGUUCGGAAGAGAGACGGCAAUGUUUCUGCGGAUAAUCAUGUGCACUCAAUUCCACUACAUCUUCUACAUGUCCCGCCCGCUGCCCAACACUUUCGCCAUGAUCCUCGUCAUGAUCGUUCUCGAGCGCAUCCUCGAUGAUCGUCUGGAAAGUGCAGUCCGCUACGCGACCGCCUGCGUCAUUCUCUUCCGUUGCGAGCUCGUCCUCCUCUUCGGACCGCUUUUCCUUCAGUACAUGGCCUCUGGAAGACUGCGAGUUCUCGGCAGCGACGGAGCGAUCGCGAUCGGAAUACGCGUCGCCGCAAUGUGUUUGGGUAAGCCUGUUAUCUGCGCGUUUCUAGAACUGUAAGUGAUCUUUCAGCGAUAUCCCUCCCACUCGACUCAUACUUCUGGCGCCGUCCAGUUUGGCCGGAAGGAGAAGUCAUGUUCUUCAACGUCGUCGAGAAUCGGAGUCAUGAAUACGGAGUGCGUCCCUCCCAACAAUCAUUCAGCGUCAAAGUUUAUUUUCAGACCCUUCCGUUCCUCUGGUACUUCUACUCUGCCCUCCCGCGCGCGCUGCUCACUUCCCUCGUGCUCGUCCCACUCGGCCUUCUCCUCGACCGUCGAGUCUCUCAAUUCGUCCUCCCCGCCCUUCUCUUCGUCUUCCUCUACAGCUUCCUGCCGCACAAAGAGCUCCGAUUCAUCAUCUACGUCCUUCCGAUCUUCAGCUUCGGCGCCGCCGUCUUCUGCGCGCGCAUGUUCAUCAACAAGUGGAAGUCGUUCUUCCACUCGAUCCUCUACUUCGGAGUUCUCCUCCACCUGAUCGCCAACGUUCUCUGCACCGGAAUGCUUCUACUCGUCGCCUCGAAAAACUAUCCGGGCUUCGAUGCGCUCAAUUAUCUGCAGUUCCAGAAUCGGUUCGACGCCCGCAAGCCGGUGUCGGUGUACAUUGACAACGCGUGCGCACAGACCGGCGUCAAUAGAUUCCUGCAGAUCAAUGAUGCCUGGACGUUAGUUGUUUCUUUGUGAUCAAGAUGGAUAUAGGUGUUUUGAGUUGAGCGCCGACAGUUUGGAAAAAAAAUUUGGCAGCCGCAAGGCUGGAACGUCCUUAAGGGGCAGCAAUUCAUUAUUUACAAAAUCACAAAAAAUGAGUUCUCAUUUUUAGCAUUCUCAUUCCUUGUACCGCCAGUCGGACUGUGUCAUCUCGAACAGUUCUUCUGACUUCUUCGUUAAUCUCCUUCAUCCUCGUGUCCUCAGUUCAUGUAGAAGUGAAUAGUAAUUAAGUUCCCAUCUCAUCUCCUUCCUUCUCGCGACGAUAAUCCCUAAUUACAGGUACAACAAGACGGAGAAUCUGAAGCCCGAAGACUUGGAACACUUUGACUUCCUCGUGCUGGGCACCUACGGCAACAAGUUGAAGGUGGAAGUGGAGACGAAGUUUAUGAAGUGGCACCGUCCGCUGUUCUUUGUCAACUCGUUCCAUCAGUACAAUAUUAAGUGGGUCGAGACUGGUUGUAUUUUGUGACAUUUCCAUAUUUUUUGCAGAAGGACCAAAUCGUUCCCCUGGAUGUACCCCGAGAUUGUUUACACGGAAAAGGCGGCGGUUUUGAAGAAUCGGCAUUAUCGAUAG